UUCGAAAGGCGAAAUUCCGGGGUAUUGCGUUCAGUAGCCGCGAGUUCUCGUCGCCAGCACCACGUUUACCGUUAGCACUGGCCCAACCACCCCGCACACCCCACCAGCCAGAUACUCGCUGCAUGCGCUGUACACGCAUCCAACAGAUACUUUUCCGAAUUCGUUUUCAAUCCAGCUACGUCCUGUUACGGAUGCAGACGCGUCGCCUCCGUUGUGAUACCAGAUACAUGUAAUUGCAGGUCUAGAGCUACAGAUUUAGAUACAGAGAUUCGAGUACCCUAGCAGAUACUUAGCCUAAUUACGCCGCGGAUUAAACUAUUAAACACUUAAAUCCGCCAGGAUUUGCCUAUCAAAUCAAAUCGAAUCGAAAUCAUAUCACUGAGAGUGCCGCGAGUGACUGUGUGCGCGAGUGUGUGUUUCUGUGAAGCGGCAGCGAGAUUAAAAACAUAUCCCCGAGUUACUUAAAAUUAAUCACUAACAUAAUCACUGUGAUUUUUAUUAUUUGAUCUGCCGACGUCAACACCGCGUGUGCGAAAACUGUUUAACGGCUGGGGCUUUAUUAAAUGCCGCUUCGCAUUUGAUUAGCAAUCUGUUGCAACAACACAGCACAAACCUACCGAUCUCCCCGAGAUUUAUAGCCCACUGCCCACGCGAUAUAUCCGGAAGAUUUUCGGAGACUUUCCCAGAUCUCCGGCGAUUGAAAUGCUGGCCAUCUGAUUUAUUGACGGGCCCACGACAUUUGCUCCAUCAAAGUUCGCCUUUGAUAUUCCGGAUCGACGGAACCAGCGAACCGACGGAAGUUCGUUCGCACCACCUAGUGGAUUAAUUUGAAUUCCUCUCCCAUCAUUCAGAGCUUUUCGGGCUCUGGCAACGGCUGCAUCUUGGAUUUGCUUUCACCACAGUUGGAAGAUACCGGCCUCAAGACGACGACUUUCCUGCAGCACUUCAAGGACGUCGUCACGACGAAGUUCACGGGGAGGGACCACCACCUGCCGCCGCUGCACCCCGCACACCCCGCCCACCCGGCGCACCAGCAGUCGGCGCUGCACCACCACCACCACCAGCAGCAGAGCUUCUCCACCAUUUUCCCCACGUAUCUUGGCAUGGACCGCUCCUCCGCCGUCGGCGGUUGCGGCGGGGGCGGCGGUCUGGGAGUGGGCGUGGUCACCAGCUCAGCCACGGCCUUGGGACCGGGUGGCCUGACCAACGGGGGCGGCGGAGUGGUCAGUGGCGCACUCAACGGAUUGGAGGCCAUGUCGGCCGAGUCCACGGGCCUGUGUCUGCAGGAUCUGGUGAGUGCCGGGACGGCCAACGGAGCAGGCUCCGCAGGAUCGGCGGAGAGUGCCACCACCACCAGCACGGCACUGAGCAGCGGCAGCACCGGAAGCUCCACGGUCAACGGAGGAGGCAGCAGCACCUCCGGCACGGAGCACCUGCACAGCCACCACAGCCUGCACGACUCCAGCUCGUCGGUCAGCAUCUCACCCGCCAUCUCGAGCCUGAUGCCCAUCAGCAGCCUGAGCCACUUGCACCACUCCGCGGGCCAGGACCUGGUGGGUGGCUACUCGCAGCACCCGCACCACACGGUGGUGCCGCCGCACACGCCCAAGCACGAGCCGCUCGAGAAACUCAGAAGCUUGUUCUUUUCAGUUUGGGCCGAAACCGGCGAUUUCCGUGAUAGUCAUAGCUCCAUGACCGCCGUAGCAAAUAGUUUGGAUAGCACCCACUUGAACAACUUUCAGACGUCAUCGACAUCCUCGAUAUCGAACCGGAGUCGGGAUCGCAAAGAUGGCAAUCGCAGUGUAAACGAGACCACGAUCAAGACAGAAAACAUAUCAAGUUCCGGGCACGAUGAGCCGAUGACCACCAGUGGCGAGGAACCGAAGAACGAUAAGAAGAACAAGAGGCAGCGGCGCCAGAGGACGCACUUCACCUCGCAGCAGCUCCAGGAGCUGGAGCACACCUUCAGCCGGAACAGGUAUCCGGACAUGUCCACCCGCGAGGAGAUCGCCAUGUGGACCAAUCUUACGGAGGCGCGCGUCAGGGUGUGGUUCAAGAACCGACGGGCCAAGUGGCGCAAGAGGGAGCGGAAUGCGAUGAACGCGGCGGUGGCGGCGGCGGACUUCAAGUCCGGAUUCGGAACGCAGUUCAUGCAGCCGUUCGCGGAUGACUCGCUGUACAGCUCGUAUCCGUACAACAACUGGACCAAGGUGCCCUCGCCGCUGGGAACCAAGCCCUUCCCGUGGCCAGUGAACCCACUCGGAUCGAUGGUGGCCAGCAAUCAUCACCAGAACUCGGUGAACUGCUUCAACACGGGCGCCAGUGGCGUGGCGGUCAGCAUGAACAACGCAUCCAUGCUGCCGGGUUCGAUGGGCUCGUCCUUGAGCAACACCAGCAACGUGGGGGCCGUGGGCGCCCCCUGUCCGUACACCACCCCCGCCAAUCCGUACAUGUACCGCUCCGCCGCCGAGCCCUGCAUGAGCAGCAGCAUGAGCUCGAGCAUCGCCACCCUGCGGCUGAAGGCCAAGCAGCACGCCUCCGCCGGAUUCGGCAGCCCCUACUCCGCCCCCUCCCCCGUGUCACGGUCCAACUCCGCCGGACUCUCCGCCUGCCAGUACACCGGAGUGGGCGUGACGGACGUGGUCUGAGAAAACGCCCUGGGUGCGCUGCUCAACCAGCACCAGCACCACUUGCAGCACUUCUCGGGAGGAUCGGUGGGCGGAUCCGGGGUGCCGAAUGGGAUGCAACAGCACUCCGGCAACAUGCUGCACCACAGCAACUUGGGCCUGGACCACUCCGACCUCGGCUUGGUGGGGGGAGGGCCGGCCAAUCACCAGGACGAGGGCAACCACAGUCUGGAGGGCAGCAACAAGUCCCCCAUGGAGGCGCCCCUGGCCAACAGCAGCAACAACAACAACAACGACAACGAUGACGAGGACGUGAUCGAUUGAAAAACGCUCUAACUUAAAUCAAACUAAUGGCAGCCUAGCCCUAAGCAUUCAUAACUAAUUUUAGAUGUUUGCCCAAACUAAAGAUAAAUAACAUAAAAGAAGCCCCUAACCAAAAAGAUACAAUUUUUUGAAGAACAAUAAUUAAAUUUACCAGAAAAGAGUCCCAAACUCUACUUUAUUUGCAUUGAGAUUAGAUGCCCCUUUGUUCGAGCGCCCCCAAAUCAGCAAUUAAGUGUUUUUGUAAAUAAAAGCAAAUAUCUAGUGUUAAGCAGCGGAACCCUAAACUAAUCAAGCCAAAUAGCCAGCCCAAAGAUCAUAUAGUCGCUCCUAGUUCCACCUUCAGUUCCCAGUCGUAUAUAUCGUAUAUAUAAACCAGAAACGUAUCAAGAUUGUAAACAGCUAAGGCCAAAAAAGAAC